UCGCUGGGGGGCGCUUGUCCAGCCGUUAUUGAGUGCAGUACACUGUGCUCUCCGCUGGGUGGAGCAGCUUUUCCCGGGAAGAUUGAAGUUAGUGCGAGAAGACGAGCGGACAGAGGAGAUCCGGGGAGAUCGUGUACCGGGGAGAAGAGUGCGGAGUCCGCUGUGUACCGGAGAGAGCGCGGGCCGCGAGGUCUAUGGUGUACUGAGCCCUGGAGACAUGUGAGCAGGCCAGUCUCAGGAUGGAGUUCAGGAACGGGGGGCCGCAGCUGCUGGAUCCUGGCUUCCAACAGCAGCUGGAGGACUCCAGGGAGCAGCUGAAGAGAGAGAUCCAGAGGGAGCUGAAGAUUAAAGAGGGGGCGGAGAACCUGCGCAAGGUGUCCACCGACAAGAAACAUCAGAGCCAUGUAGAGAGCCAGCUGAAGACCUCCAACCGCCGCUUACAGGAGCUGCACCACCAACUGCAGGAUCUUAACGGGAGGAUCGUCAUUAUGGAGAAGGAUGCCAAAGCGGGCACGGGAGAUGGCACGGUGUCUCCGGACUUCUGUAUGUUCGAUCAGAGCCAAGACCCAAAGCAGCGCAGGGUGGAAGCCUUAAAGAGACAGUUACAUAUUGAACACAAGGUGAAACAAGGAGCAGAGAAUAUCAUUCAGAUGUUCUCCACCGGAACUUUUAAAGACCGGAAGCUGAUGGCUACGGCGCAGCAGAUGCUUCAGGACACACGGAUAAAAACCGAAUUGCUCCGCAUGCAGAUAGUGAAACUGACCCAAUCACAAGGGUCCAUGACUGACCUCAGCGACUCUUCAGAGACCCUUUCACCCCUGGAGCUACGCGUGGAGGAGCUGAGGCGUCACUUGCGCGUGGAAGCAGCUGUAGCUGAAGGUGCAAAGAACGUGGUCAAGUUGCUAGGUGGUCGCCGAGUGCAAGACCGCAAAGCUCUAACUGAGGCUCAGUCCAGGUUGCAUGAAUCUUGCCACAAGAUUGACCUUCUACGGUUAUCGAUGGAGUGCUGCCUUUCUGAGCUGCCCCCAGGGCAUCCAAAACAGGAGCUAAUCAAGCAGGAUCUACAGUGUUUUCCAUCAUCAGGGGUAAUAUGUGGGAAAGACCAGGGUUUUGGUCAGCCCCUAACAUCCCUUAUCAAGACCACUGCACUCACAGGGACCUUGGAGAUGCACAUUUUGGGCUGUCAAGGCUUACUAGAAAAUGUCCCAGGGCGCCAUCGUGCUGUCACAAAUCAUGGUAGCCCUGACACAAAGCACUUUAUACGGCACAAAACUGGAGGCAGCGGUUACGGACGAGGAGGCUCGGGGCGCUAUCAGCGGACAGAUGAGCUCUGUGGAGAUGUUAUGUGCUUCCUGAAGGUCGAUAACCAGCCAGUAGGACACACUGGUUGGGGUUCUGUACACAAUCAGUGCUGGGAUCAGAGAUUUAGCAUUGACCUGGAGAGGUCACGAGAAAUUGAGAUUUCAAUUCACUGGAGAGAUUGGCGGGAACUGUGUGCCAUUCGCUUUGUUCGCUUGGAGGACUUCCUGGACAAUGAACGCCAUGGGGUGUGUCUGCAGAUGGAACCCCAAGGAAUGCUGUUUGCUGAGAUUAUGUUCUGUAAUCCUGUGAUUGAGAGGAGGGGCAAGGUACAGCGACAGAAGCGUAUAUUUUCAAACAGAAAGGUAAGUGAUUUCCUUCGCGCCACCCAAAUGAACAUCAACUUUGCUACAUGGGGCCGCCUAAUGAUGAGCAUUCUGCCUCCAUGUGGCACUAUAUCGACGCUAAGCCCGCCCCUUCCUGUCUCUACGCCUACAGAGAUUCACUCAAAUUCUGCAAACUACAGUAAUAUUCCCAUAAAAAAGUUAAUAUUUACUGAUGAAUCCUCCUCCUUCAAGCCUCCACCCAAGCCUCCCCGAAUCUACUUACCGCUUGAGUCAGAAAAGGUAGGGGCACCUAUGGACUCUUCGCCCAAACUUCCGGCAAAGUCUGUGAAGCGCAUUUGUUCUGAGGAGAGUAACACCCAGGCCUCAUCGGAACUCCCGAAACUUCACAGAAAACAUGUCCUCAGCAUGGAUGACUUCACUUGUGUGUCGGUGUUGGGAAGGGGGCACUUUGGGAAGGUCCUAUUGGCUGAAUUUAAGAAAACUGAAAAGCUGUAUGCGAUCAAAGCACUGAAAAAACGUGAUAUCGUUAGCCGAGAUGAGUUUGAAAGUCUGCAGUGUGAGAAGCGCAUCUUUGAGGUGGUAAAUUCUUCUGGACAUCCCUUCCUUGUGAACUUGUUUGCCUGCUUCCAGACUCCGGAACACACCUGCUUUGUGAUGGAAUACAUGCCUGGUGGGGAUCUGAUGAUGCACAUACAUGCCAAUGUCUUCUCACCGCCAGCAACCAGAUUUUAUUCCGCCUGCGUGGUUCUUGGUCUCCAGUUUCUACACGAGAAAAAAAUAAUUUACAGAGACUUGAAGCUGGAUAACCUGCUGAUGGAUGCCAGAGGGUUUGUGAAGAUUGCAGAUUUUGGACUCUGUAAAGAAGGUAUGGGAUAUGGGGACAGAACCAGUACAUUCUGUGGCACCCCGGAGUUCCUGGCACCAGAAGUGCUCACCGACACUACUUACACUUAUGCAGUGGACUGGUGGGGGCUGGGCGUGCUCAUCUAUGAGAUGCUGGUAGGAGAGUGUCCGUUCCCCGGUGACGAUGAAGAGGAGGUGUUCGACAGCAUUGUGAAUGAAGAAGUGCGUUAUCCGCGCUUCCUCUCUACUGAAGCCAUCAAGCUUAUACGGAAGUUGCUGCGGAAAGCACCGGAGCGCCGCUUGGGGGCCGGAGUUGGGGAUGCAGAAGAGAUAAAGGUUCAGCCUUUCUAUCAGGAGGUGGAUUGGGAAGCACUUUAUGCACGAAAGCUUGAGCCACCCUUCGUCCCAUCCCUAAAGGACCCUUACGAUGUGAAGAAUUUUGAUGAAGAAUUUACUGGACAGAAACCCAUACUGUCCCCAUCCGAGGAUCCACGCCCUGUGACCGCCAUCGAUCAGAUCCUCUUCCAGGACUUUGACUUUGUCUCUGACCUAAUUCUUGCACAAUAGAAAAUGAUGACGAUUCCAUUGAGCCCAGCGGAAGUUAAGUAAAAUUGUUCUGAAGCUUUGUCUUUGGCUUUCAGUGAUUUCUUCAUCUGUUCACAUGAAUAUGCUGAUCUCAACAAAGCACAAUUGUGUCCCUAGGAGACUCUCAUACAUCCUGGAGAUUGUGGCACUUGCACCCGGUCUACCUCUGCUCUGGGAUGUCUUCACACAAUACACAAGGAAAUGUUACUCGUCCUCGCUGGUUGAAGAGCGUUCUAGUGCACUGUAAAUAUUUUUUAGUUGGAUUUUCAACAGUGACCCGCCUCUCUCUGUGUUAUAGUGCGACGCCUGCUGAAGAAACACUAGUCAUCGGGAGGUUUAUAAAGCUGCUGCAGCAUCCGUGGAAAUGUGUUACCGGUCCACCACUCGGUUUUCAAACUAGUGGUUUAGCAUUAAAGCCAGGCAUUUUCUGGUCUGCUCCUGCAGCCCCUAUAUUUCUCUUUCCACAGGUUUGCUUUCAAAUCUACAAUGGUGCCAAUUGUUUACCUUGCAGUAUAGGAAGAAGUCUGUAGUCUUCAAUAAUGAGCACAUUAGCAAUAAAUACACAUAAACGUGAGAAAAAACUUGCAAUGCA